UUAGUUAAAAAAAUUAAACAAAAUUUUGAAGAAAUAUUUAGAUCGUGAUCACCCUUAUACAUGGGCCACCCAAAUUUCUCCAUCCUCCGGACCAUACAAAGUCCUCGAUCAAGGCCCGUCGGCCCAAACCAAUUAGCGUCUAGGGUUUAGCCUCUCCAACCCACGUGGUUUUGCUUCGACAACGACGCUUUGGCAUCGCACACGACGUGAGAAGAAAUGGCAUCUUUGUCCCGCACAGCCGUCGCCGCCGUGAGGUCCGCAGCCCGCUCAGCACCCCUUACCGGCCGCGUCCCAGGCGCGCCACUGCCUUCCCUUGCCUCGUCUUCCGCUGCCCGGUCCGCCCGGAUCCUCCGCAGGUCGGCGGCCGCGUCGUCGUCGGGGCUGGAGACGCUCAUGCCGCUGCACAGCGCGGUGGCGGCCGCGCGGCUUAGGUCCUGCAUCGCCGUUGACUUCUCCUGCUGGAGCUCGCUCUCACAAGGCCAAGUUCAUGGAGCUACUGCCUUAGGAGCGUGUGUUCAUUCUCUGACUUAUUGGCUGUCAGUGCUAAAUGGCGCAUACCAAUUUGGAAACUUGUGAACUUCCAUAGUAGUUUCGAUUUUGUAUAACCUUUUGUUUCUGGCAACGUUGACAAAAUUUGAUCAGCAGGGAUCUUUAUGAAUGCUUUUCAAAGUUACACUAGUACUUGUAAUAAAAAUUCCUCAAUUUCUCUUUAGGUGUGCAAACUUUAAAUCCAUAUGAUAUAAUGGCAACAUGUAUUACAUCUUGUAUCCCAGGCCUGACUUGCUCUUAUAUUUGGUGAUGUAGGAUACGCUUUGCCUUUGUGACAGAGAGAAGAAACCAAUGAACAUUAGGAAUCACUAUCAAGGGCUGUAAUAAUGUGAUUCUUGUAAACUAAUUUUGCCUUUAUAGUUCAUUGGAUUUUGUAACCUGGACCAUUCGAAGAUGUGCAGCUGGCAUUCGUUGAUGCUUGGAUUUUAUUUCUGGAUCCGUUUCUUA